UUAGCCAUGCAGGCUGAAGUGGAAACGACUGCAGCUGCCAGCACGGCAUUCCGCUGCGUCGUUCUUGCCAACGCAGCGACGGAGAGCCUGCAGCAGCUCGUGCAGGAUUUCCAGCUGGCUCAUCCCGGACUGGCUCGCGCCGCUCUCCGCGACGCCCCCUACGACGCGCCCAUCACGCAGCAGUUCGCGGUGCUGCAGGUUGUGGCCGUGCAGGGCUGCACGAUUCAGGGCAGCAGCAAGCAGCGGCAGUGGAAGAUGGACGCGGUGGAGCUGCAGCCCGCGGGCGGGCGCUGGCGCGGCCCCUACAGCCUGCUGCUGGAGGAGUUCCAGGCCGACCUGCACGCGCAGAUGCCGCCGGAGCUGCAGAUGCGACGAACGGCCUUCGAGGCGCCCCAACUGGCCCCGGUCAUCGUGCUGACGGGCUUCGUCAAGGAGAAGAGCGCCUGGUUCCCCACCGAGGACAAGCCCACGCUGCGCUGUGCCGCCGCCAAUAAUCCGCAGGUUUUUGUUGCGACCUUUCCGCGACCUCCCAGUCAGCCUGCGGCGUCCGUCCUCCCCACCGCCGCCCCGGCCGACGACCCGCGGGGCCGGCCGGACCCUCUGUACGCCCUCCCCGGGACCCCCUACCGCCCCCUGUCGCAGCUGCCCGUGGGCGGUCCCUACGCCCUGGCGGCCGUGCUGCGCUACGCCUACGCGCCCAAGCUGGCCAACAGUCGGCGGGGCCGGCCCGAGUGGAUGCAGAGCCUGGGCCUGGUGGACCCCAGUCUCGACGUGGCCGGCGACGCCAAGUUCAAGCUGACGCUCUUCUCCACGCAGCCGCAGUACCUGCUGCCCGAGGGGGCCGCUGCCGGCGACUGCCUGGUCAUCCGGGAUCUCUUCGUCAAACGGCCCUACCAUCUGGAAAAGCCAACGGGAGUCGGGUAUGCCGAUAGAGUGAGAUUUGCCUACGUGUCAGCUGCCUCCGCGGACAUGGCGCCGACCAUCGCCCGGAAUCCGUCGACAUACCUGCUGCAAGAAGCGGACGGGAAGAUCAUCAGCGAUCUGCGCGUCUGGUACCAGAGCGUGGCCGACGUCAUUGCGGCACUGGAGAAGAGACCUUCCAAACAAGAGACCGGCGCAGGCAACGGGGACAGUGAAACCGGCCAAACUGCCACGGUUCCCAGCCAGCGAAUCGCAGCUGGUGUCGGGGAGGAUAAGUCGUCAUCUGGCAUCACUGGCGAGGGAGAUGGUCAGCGCCCUAGCGAGGCGGUCGCUGCCGGCGUUGCACCCGUGGAAGAGCGCGCGAAGCCGGAAACAGUUGUGCAGCCGCAAGCAGCGGAAGCGGGGAAAGCGCCGAAAAGCCUUCAGUCAGGGAAAACUGGCCGGGGCAAGAAACGAGUGCGAUGGCAGGAUGAGGAGGCGGAAGGGGCGCGCCCUGUGGAAAGUGCGUCGACCGACACGGAAACUGCUCCGGCUGCAGCGCCGGACGCGGUCGGAAGGGCGGCGAUGGGGGAGGCGGAAGGGGUGUGCUCCACCGCAACAGCAGCGAGCAGUGCGUCCAACAACGAUAACGACGGGGGUCCAGCGGAAGCGCCCGGCACGAGCGUUUGUAUGGACAUGUGGAGUGAACGGGGCGUCUUCGUGGAGCGCAACCGCGACGGCAGCGAGCGCUUCCGCGGCUCCGUGCUGGAGCUGGUCGAGCAGCCGCCGCCCGAGCCCGAGCAGGCCGCCUUCAACGACUUUGUCAUCGGCCUGCGCAGUCGCCCCCGCAACGCGCCCAUCGACUUCCGCAACGGCGAUCUGCAGGCCUGUGUCACGCAGUGAUCUCGCCACUCGUCUUCCUUCGCAGCCUUUUUUAUCUCCUUUUUCUUGCCUUUAAUCCGUUGACUCAUUUCCCUUUAUGUUUUCUUGAUAAUACUGUUGAAUUAAUUAAUGGGCAAUUCAAAUGGGAAUGUUGUUGACGCUGACAAAUUAGUCGAUUGCCAGUGCCGGUAAAAUCAGGGAAAAAUACAUUUCCAGUGUGUGUGACCGACUCACGACGGUGCCGCCUCCUGAAGAUAGCUGAGUUCAAUAAAUUAUUAGU